AUGUCUUCUAACAACACAUACAAUCUUCGCUCGCGCACUCGCGUUAGAGCUAGCUCAGUUUCUACCCCUGCACAUGAAAAGAACAUAGAGGUGCGUGAUGAUUUCGGAAAUUUUAUCGUUAAUAUACUAUCUAGCGCCCAAAUUACGGCGGAAGGCCCCAGCUCUAGGGCUGCGUUGCCUGACUCUGUGGAAUCCCCUCUGACCUCAACAGGGCAGUCCGAAAGGACUGGAAGCGAGAGUCCGUCCGCAUUGAGACCCAUGCACUCCUACAACGACGUGGUCUGUGCGAGUAGCCCUGUAUCAGACCCUAGGGUCAAACAGGAGAAUACCCUGGCGUUAGACACAAUAACUGGUGUCGAAUUAGACACCAACGCAGAUACACCUGUAGAAAGGUCAAUAGAUCAUGUCACCUUUGAAACUGCUAGUGAUAAGAGUGAACAUACCGGUAGUGAGGACAAUGACGAUCAUCCAUGGACGACGGUCCAACACAACAAAGGAUCACGGGCAAAGACACCUGAUAUCCUGACUGGUGCUCAGAAAAGCACAGUUCAAGCGGCAGAACGCCAAGAAAGACUGAGUCAACGAGACAGCACGACCGCACCAUCGGAAAUGUCGCCGAGCGGUGGAGGACCUUCAAAGGGAAAAGGCAUAGAUCCAGGAAACUGGGGGGCUAUAACCAAUGAAGGAGAAAUAGAUAUCGAGGAGCAGUGCACUGCCCUUGAAUCCUAUAGAGUGGCUAAAGAUCUUGCGAGUCAGUCGGAGUCCCCACAGGAAGAGGAGGACGAUCCUACUGAAACCGACAGACCCGAGAUCCAAAACACGUCAACCGAGGACAUUUUCGCUCAGGCCAGGCAUGAGCAGAAAUUAAUCAACACUGCUGUAGAAAGGGCAGAGAAGUGCAUUCAAAAGAAAUAUGAUGAAAAAUUAAAGGAAUUGACCUUUAAACUGCGGGAAAAAAAAGAGGAAACUUCAACUCCCAGAACGUGAACAAGGAUCCAGCAACCCGAUAGAGGGCAAGUGAUGGAGCCCAUGCAUGUUAGGUACCGUGCUGGCUCAAGAGGCAGAG